CGUUUUCUAAGCAUAAUACAAAAGUGAAGAAAUAUAACAGUAGGAGUUGGAAAUGAGCAAAAAAGAAGGAAUCCCUGAAAAGCUGGUUAGGCCCACGGCGAAACCAAAAUCAACAAUUGCAUCGACAACACAAUCAACAAGUGAUGGGAAUAAAAAUGGCUCUUUAGUAUCUGGAAGUCCAUCUACUUCUGAUAUAGUCAAGAAAUUUUCCCUGAAUGCAGCUAUUUCCCCUUUGACCGCCAAUAGGCCAGGGAGGCUACCUUCUUUCAGAGGUGAAAGAGAUUUAACUCUAGGAGGAAAUUCUAGACCAAGUCUUAGUACUGUGUCAAAUCUUGAUGGAGGAAGUGCUAAACCUAAGAAAGAAUUCAAACCAACCAUUCCUGCGAGGCGUGCAAAGGCACAAGAAACUCCAUUGAAUGUUGAUAAAUCUUCAGAGUCUCCGAGCAAUGGUAGAGGACGGGGAAGAAAAGAUGGUGAUAGAGGAAGAGGCAGAGGAAGAGGAAAACCAGAGUUGAUUCAAACCACAGGAUCAAUCUUUGGUGAAGGAGUGUCUGAUCUGGGUCUGAAAAUGAGAAGUUCAUCAUCUGUUUAUGCAGACAGGGAAAGUGCAGGCUCUAUUGCUGGACUGGAGAAACCUCGACUGAACACCCAAAACACCAAAAUCAAUAAGGAAGAAGAAGAUGCUGCAUUAAGUGCGUUACUUAGAGAUGACUUUUUGGAUGAUUCAGAAUUGGGUGAUGGAUUUGAUGGCAAUUUGGUGAUGCAGCCAAUCCAGCUCCCGAAAUCUAGCUUAGAUGCAAACCUGAAGGGAGAAACGGAAAGUAUGGUCAUAAAGUCAGAAAAUCCACAACUGACCACAGAAGAAAGAGAUAUUGCAAUCAAGCAAGAAAAAGGCGACAGCAAUCCGAUCCCGACUACCAAAGCAUCUACUUACCAACAACGUUUGAAACCUUCUCAAGUCACGGUCGAACAUAUUUUCCAGAACGAGGGAGACAUAUUGUUUAUUCAGUUGCCAGAUAGACUGCCGAGCCUGAAAGCGGAUAAAGAGCGUCCUCAAGUUAAAAUUGAACCUGGAACAGCGGUUCAAGAUAAAGUCAAUGAUCAAACCAUCGUUGAAACAAAGGCCGAAAAAGAAAGUGUCUUCGAAGAUAUUCCGGAGGGCCGAUUAGGGACUCUUCGCGUUCAUAAAUCGGGGAAAAUAACUUUGCAAAUGGGAGAACAUUCAUUCGUCAUGGAUAGUGCAACGCAAGUUUCCUAUCUACAAGAUCUGAUAUCGGUUGAGGUAAAUGCAGAAGAAAAAAGCGGAAAAAUGAAAGCACUCGGACCAAUCAAGUAUAAAACUGUUUGUCUACCAGAUUGGGAUGAAUUGAUUGUAGAUUCGUGAUGUUCUAUGUCCCAUUGAAUUUGUACGCUGCUGAGAGAAUAAAG